AUGACUUCACCCAUCGGUGCCCUGCGCCGACCACUCCAAUCUGCCCUGAAGAAUAUCCCGUCACGGCUCCAGCUCCGGACCCCACAUGCAAGCUUCGGCUCUCUCCGCACACUACCGAGACGCGCGAGUCAUCCUCGGAUGGUAGCCAUCUUCUCCUCGGCCUUCUCAACACGCACGACAUAUUCAAAACACACUGAAGAUCAACGAAAGUCAGAUCCCAACUACUGGCCGUCAAAGCCAUGGGGAACACCCCUGGCCAUGAGUUUCGAGUCACUUGGCAUCCGCAAGAACACUCAGAUGUUUAUCAUGCUCAUCUUGGUAACCGGUGCUAUAUUAGAGGCUUUGCUCUGGGGUGAGAAGGCCUGGCUGUGGUGGAAAGGAGAGGAAGGAGAUCGUCUUGAGUAA